AUGCCUAGCGGUGACCUGCUGUGUCGCAAGUGUCACAGCGGAACCGCAGUGGAGGGCGACUCUUGGUGCGCUUUCUGCUCGUGCACGCAGGUGCUGAGCGAUUGCGCCAAGAAUCGCUUCCACUCGCUGGCACACCGGGCUCUGUGCGAAGAGCUGGUACGCCAGACAGCUCGGCAGGCUCAGGCUGUGGUGAAGCUUGACCGCCAAGUCAGGGGCGAGAUCUGUUCGCUCACUGACCGCCUGAGGAACGCGAAAGACCGCCUCGGGGAGAUCACCAACCAGGUGGAGAAGUCAGCCAGCGCGAAGUCGAAGGCGGACGCACGGGACAGAGCACCGUCGGUAAAGCGAGAGGAGGACAAGGAACGGGACCGAGACAGACGGCGAGAAGGUGAAGAGCGGGUUGACUACGGGUCCGAAAGCAGUGAAGAGGAGACAGGUGAGGAAGAUCGCGACCAGGCCGUGCGUGCCGAGGGCGACGCUGGUCCGGUAGCCGCCCCUGCGGGUAGUGGAAAGGAGGCGCCGCGGUCGCCUUCGCGGCCUCCUGCACACCCGGCAGAACGGGACGAGCGGGAGCGAUCCAGGAGUCGACAUCACGAGGACAAAAAGAAGAAGAAGAACAAAAGGAAUCGCCGAGGAGGAGCGAAACACCAACAGAAGCAUCGGGGCUUGUACCAACCCGACAAGUCGUUCCACCACAAUCAGUCGUUGGAACCCCUUGACUUGGGCAGUCGCCCUCGUCGAAAUGGGGAGGGAGGCCCGGAAGCGGAAGGCUUCUUCCCUCCGAGCCCUCCCGAAGGGUUCGGAAGAGAAGAUCCGGCUUUGGGAGAGCCUGGACUCGCCAUUAUGGUAGAUGCUCUGAGAGACUCCCAAUUCUGGAAAGACUGCCCGGUAGAGCUGGGAAGCGUUCUAGAGCUCCCGAUGCUGCGGCGCAAUGGGGAGGAAGAACAGAAAGGCCUGGUGUGUGUCUACGUGGCCGACGUAUACCGGGCGGAAACUGGCCUGUAUCUGGGGGUCAAGAUGCUUGGGGCCGAUGCCCAAUGGUGCCGUCUGGAGGGGGUGAAAAUGUUCUCGCGGGAGCGCCGCCGCGUCCACGUUUGCCGCAUGGGGCCGGUCGCCUGCGAGGACGCCAACCCCAAGCUCUGGCACAUCCAAGACUUUGCAGUCUUUCCCCCAGGGUCACAUCCCCCGAAGUACGUAGAGAGGGUCAAGUUGAAAGAGUGGAGGAAGCUGUACGCCGCCACCAUGGAGGAGAGGACACGAGAGGACCCAGCAAAACGAGCGGCCGAUCCGGAGCGGGGAGAAGAAGGAGGAGCUCUCGAUCAAGUAGCUGCACUGAGGAAGCGACUGCAAGCCAGGCAUGGGACUCCCCCUGCGGGCGCUGGCCAGGAAGCCGGGCAGCCCAAAGAGGGGGACCUUCUGAGUCCUCUGCAAGCGGUUGCGACAGCCUCUCAUCGGCGUGUGGCAGCCCUCGAAAACGGCGGGGACGAAAGAGAGCCCGAACCCGUCAAGGAAGACAGGCGGAGGGCACGGGAGCCUUCCAUGAAAGCAGCGCUGGCAGAUGCCGUGGCGCAGCGGAAUCAGAGGAGGACCCGAUCUCGGUCUCCUCAUCGCCGCAGGAGGGACUCGAGGAGCCCAUCGCGGAAGAAGAAGAAGAAAAAGAAGAGAGGACGCCGGCGACGAGACAGCCGCGACUCCCGAAGCGGAUCAUCCGAAGGAAGCUCCACCAGCUCCAGCUUACUGCCACCUCUUCAGAAGAAGGCAGCCAAGAAUCCGGGCUCAGUCCUGAGGCUGCUGCUGUCGUCGGUGGGAGAGGCGCUGGCGGAUGCCGCCGUGCGCGGAGACGAGGUGAAUCCCCUGCUGGACCGGUCCGGCAAAAUGAUGGCUUACUUCCAGAUUGUGGCCAAACCGCAACUACCCGGGAAGGUCCGGGACCUGCGGGAGCUAGAGACGCUGGGCUGUUGCAUCGACCUGCUGGCCCGUGGCGCUCUGCCCGAACUGGGCGAUGCUCUAGCAGGGAGGUUCCUUGCGGUGGAGUCAGCCGGUUUGACGAACAACUGGCAAGAUGCCCAACAUCUGGAAGUCAUUCCGGUUCGGCAUGCAGGAUUGGCGCCCCCGGCAAUCAUGCUGAGAGCCCAGAAGCACACCAGGACCAUCGAAAAAGCAACAGGGCAAAGAGGCUGGGCUCGCUGGGGAGGAUCUUGGACCCCGCGCGAAAGCCCUGGCCCCAAGAUGGACGAGAAAGGAGGGGCCAAAGGGAAAGGAGACGGAGCCGGUCGGGGCAAAGGAGGCCGGAAAGGCAAGGGAGCCUGGCAAAUGAGCGGUCCUGGCGGGGCCUCCGCCGCUGGCGAGACGCAUGUCGCGCCGUCGGUGGCGGAAGUUCCGGGUGAGGGGUCGUGCGCAUCGUGCGCUGAUCCUUCGGCACCGGAGGCCUGGCCAGAUGGACUGCUACAGGAGAUGCUGGGAGCGCGCCUGGCCCCCGCCGUCGGUCGAGGUGGGCCGGGUGAGUGCUCAGAAUUCGAUGGCGGCGUAACGCUCGACCCGUACGUCGAGAGCUACGCCGAAGUCCCACCAACUAGGGACCUUUGCGCUGGUGUGGCCGCAACAGGUCGCACCGCGCGCACUUUUCCCAAUGCGGAAUGGGCAGAUUUUGAAUGCCCCCGCAUUCUAGGCCGCGCCCUGGCAAUGGGAGUCAGACAAGGGAGCUUGCCAAGGGGAAUGGAACUUCUGUUUCAUGAGGUCAAGCAUACCGCAUCUCAAGAUGCUUUUGGGCGAGCUCCUGCGCUGUUCCCGUUGCCGGUAGACUUUAGUCUGGAAGGGUUGACAGGAGAAGCCUGUGACAACUCUGUGGGCGCCUGGCUGACGCUAGUGUGCCAUGGACUGAAUGUUCUAUCCGGCUGCAAAAAGAAGCCGCCGCGCCAGCGGACGGGACGGCAAGUUACUGAGGUGUUGAAGGUUUUGGAAGAUAGGGUUGGUCGGUUCCUUGCGUUGUUUACCCCUGUUGUGUUGGACCCCCGUGAAGUUUGGCUGGAUGUUCUAAGUAAAAGGAUCUCCUAUGACGGGGAGGAAUUCGUGGAGCCAGUGGCAAUAACUCACGAGCAGAUCUAUGCCAGCUUGCCUCCAAUGGGUCAUGGGGGGUCGGUUGAACUCGCUCCUCUUUUGGUAGGCCGUGCGGAGUACCUGAUCCAGCGCCCGGAGGAGCUGUUGCUGGACCCGGAGUUGAAAGAAGAUGGACCGAACGCCGCCCGUGUGCAUAUCGCGCUGGGCGAGGCGAUGAAGGUCUGGCAGCUGCUGGAAGAGCGGGGCAUCAUCGAAUGGAUCGACUUGGAGGAGGUCUAUGCGGACGAAGGUGGUCCAUACCUGGCAGGGAUGUUUGGGGUUCCCAAAGCUGGCAAGUUCACGCCGUGCGGGGAACCCCUCCUGCGGGUUAUCAUGAACUUGAAGCCCAUUAAUAGGGCCCUGGACAUUGUCAAAGGAGACAUUGGAGAACUGCCGAUGGCGACAACAUGGAACCAGCUGAUGUUGGAUGAAAAUGAAACUAUCCACAUUAGCCAGGCUGACAUGAGCAGUGCUUUCUACUUGUUCAGCCUGCCUUCACAAUGGAGGCGGUUCAUGGCGUUUAACGCCCCGACGCGCGGGUCCGCGCUGGGGCGUGACGCAGGCAAGGUGUACGUGCCCGCCUGCAAAGUGUUACCGAUGGGGUGGAGCUCAUCCGUAGGCUUGAUGCAGAUGGCAUCAAGGCAGUUAGUCCAACGUUGCCAUACCUGGGGGGCCGAUGAACUCAAGCGCCAGGCGCUGGCCCCCAGGUGGUUUGUGGACACAGUGGCCCGGGCAGGGCCCCGCCUAUUCUGGCAGGUAUACCUGGAUAAUUUCAUGGCGGGCGAAGUCAGCCUGAAGGGGCUGCCGGAUUCUGCAUCUGGUGAACUUCACCGUGACGCAGUCGCAGCUUGGACGCAAGAAGGGGUGCUCUGUGCCGAAGACAAGCACGUUUUGAGCGCUCAGGAUGCCACUGAAUUAGGAGUCCACUUGAAUGGUGAGCAAGGAUUGGUCGGAGCAGGGCCACAGCGCCUCCACCGUUUGCUGGUGGCUACCCUCAUGCUGCUGGGAGAAAGGCUGCCGAAAGUUAAGUGGGUGCAGAUUGUCCUUGGCCGUUGGGUGUUUGCUCUCCAGUUCAGGCGGCCCGCCAUGGCGAUCCUCAGCCAAAGCUGGAACUACGGGCGCAAGGGCCAAGACAGGGCCGGCUAUUCACCGGUGGUCACGUGCUCUGACGCUUCCCACUUCGGCGGGGCAGUUGGUUCCGCCGUGUCGCUGACAAGCGCUGGCGGGCAACUGACCAGGGUGCUGCAGGAUCGCACCCUCGAAGCCCAAGAAGUGGAACUGUUGGUUGUCUCCGCCUUCAACGGCAUUGGCGGUGCGUUCCGUGGCUAUGACUUGGCCGGUCUUAAACCGCGGGGGCUCAUUGCUAUUGAGUGGAGCAAGUCGGCCCAGCGGGUGACCCGGAAAGCAUGGCCCCGCGUCAUUGAAAUUGGGGACAUCAACAACGUGACUAAAAGCACGGUCCGGGCCUGGAGUAACCAGUUUCCCCGGAUAACUCAUGUACACCUGGUUGGAGGGUUCCCAUGCGUGCACCUUUCGGCUGUCCGAGCUGGACGGGAAAAUCUACAGGGCGAAGGAUCAAAGCUGUUCUGGAAUCUGGUAGCCCUGUUAGGCUGGCUCCGGGAGGUAUUUGGAGCUACAGCACAGGUGGACUUUGUCAUCGAGAACGUCCUGUCCAUGGACACAUCAGCACGCCGAGAAAUCUCGCAGGUGUUGGGCGUUGAGCCGUAUGCGCUCUGCCCCUCGGACCUAUUACCCUACAACCGGCCCCGCUUGGCCUGGGUGAGCAUACAAUUGAAAGAGGGGCCCGGGAUCCGCUUUGAGCGUCAGGUCGGCUUCAUCCGAGUCUGGAUGACGGGAGUGGGACUCUCUGACGAGCAGUGGAUCACGCCUGGUUGGGCUCGUUUCGAACAGGAAGGCAAACUGCCGACCUUCAUGAAGGCCAUACCGCGCCGGAGGCCGCCUGAACGGCCUGCUGGUUUGGCCCGGUGCGAUAGCACCACCAUCGAACGGUGGACCAGUGACCUGUUCCGCUUCCCUCCAUAUCAAUACAAAUUGGACAACAUGCUGGAGGACGAGGAAGGACAGCUGAGAUACUGCAAUGCUGAAGAGCGGUGCCUACUACUGGGUUUUGGUUUCGGCCACACUCGUUUUGCCAUGUCCGCCAGUCAGGCAAAAGGGCAUGAGCAGGAGUUGGAGGAUGUGGAGCUGUCAAUGUGUGGAGACUCCUUCUCCAUGCUCUCCUUUGGCUGGGUUAUCAGCCAGCUGUGCGUACAAUGGGUUCGACCGCGGACACCUACAGAGCUUGUUCAACGCUUUGGGCUGGCGCCUGGCUGCUCUUUGCGAGCGGAUGUCGCCGUGCCUUUGCGGCGUCAACUUUCCUAUGGGCCGCAUCCCACCCAUGAGGUUGGGUUGGAGGAGCUGACGGCACAGCUGUCCAGGCCCCCCAUAAAAAAGGGGAAGUCGCUGGCUGAAAGGCAAGCCGCGCGACGGGGCCUCUCGCUGCGGGCCGUAGGCAUCAGCGUCAAAACUGAAAGGCGUUACUCCAGUGCCAUCAGUUCGCUUUUGCCGGCCCUCGAGGCUGCAGACUCUAUGGAAGAGCUGGACCCACUUUGCGAAGAGUGGAUUGAAGCAGCAUGGGUCAGCGGAACCCCUUUAGGCUUAAUUGGGGAUGCGCUGUGCGGCAUCCACUUCUUCUGGCCGCAGGUGAAGGGACACCUCCGCGGAGCGUGGCGGCUGUAUAAAAAUUGGAGAAAAAUUGAAAUCCCCCAGCGCGCCCCGCCGCUGCCUCGGGUGGUAUGCCGUGCGCUUGUUGGCCUUUUCCUGGAGUGGGAGGAGGCAGCGCUGGCGUUCCUCGUGGCGCUGGGGUUUCAUACAUACCUCCGCACCGGGGAAAUGCUAAAACUGCAGGUGCAAGACGUAUUACUGACUCCAGACCAUGGCGUGGUGUCCAUCAAAGGGAGCAAGACAGGGCUCCGUUUCAAUGUCGAUGAGGCCGUGGCCAUCAAUGACCGUGCUUUACACCAGCUCUGGGAGCUAUGCCACCUCGAGCGGCGACUGGAACCGAGGUCACCCAUUUGGCCUUAUGGUGCUGCCCGUUUCAGGCGCCUUUUUUAUCAAGGGUUAGAAGCACUUCAGCUUACUCCCCUGGGGUUUCAACCUUACUCCAUCAGGAGAGGAGGUGCUACCCACAGUUAUCAAGUGCAGCAAUCGCUGGAGAGCAUACUUCUCCGUGGCAGAUGGCGGGCACUGAGUGUGGCCCGCCUCUACAUCGAGGCCGGCCUGGCUGAAAUGUCUCAGGUCCGGUUCACCGCCAAGUCAAAGGCCCUCCUCACCACCUACUCUUGUGGUCUCCCCCCCCAUUUGCUUCCUUAA